AUGGAAGAUUUCGUAUAUAUUGACAAAAAUGUUUAUCUAAAUAUUUUAAUAUUAUUUUUAAAAAAAUUAAAAGAUUACUUAAUACAAAUUGGCAUUUUAAAAGUAAUAUUUUGUUUGUGUAUAAUAUUUUUAAGUAUUUUUUUUGCAAAGAGAAAAAAUAAAAAGAAGAAGAAAAUUAAUAUUUAUUUACAAUUGAUUAAAAAAAAGAAUAAAAACAUAGGAUUUUUAAAUAAUACAAAAUACUACUUGACUAAUAAAGAGACAUCAAAUAAAUAUUUUUCAAAGUCUUGUGAAGAUAAAAAAAUAGAAGACACAAAAAACGGGUUUUAUUAUUUAACAUAUAGCUCACAUAUAUUUUAUUUAAAAACAAUAAAUAGAAUAGAGUUAUGUAAUGUAUGUGAAGAAAAUAUAUAUUCAUUUAUUUUUCAUAAAAAAAAUAUUUUUGAAUGUGUUAUUUGUAGAAACCAAUGUCAUAUAGAAUGUGCACCCAAUUCUAAUUUAAUGAGCUGUAAAACGAGUGUAUUUUUUAAAAAUAAACACAAGUUUAUAAAACUAAGAAAUUAUUCAUGGAAUAAUAAAUGUGAUAUUUGCAACAAAAAAUUUUAUUUUUUUUCUUUUCAUGCGCUUGUGAAACAAUAUGUGUAUAAAUGUAUUUGGUGUAAUAAAUAUUUUCAUUUAAAGUGUUUAACUAAGAAUUUUGCCAAAAAAAAGACAAAAAAUGAAAAGAAUAACAAAAAUAUAUGUACAUAUGGUAAUAAUAAAUAUAUAUUGUACCCAUAUCAACUAUCAGUUAAGGAAAAUGUUUUAAUAGAUUAUUUAGUAAAUUUUUACAAUAAAAUAAAUGAAUUGAAAAUUAAAAAUGAUGAUUUAGUUUUAAAUUAUACUAUAAAUGAUUUUAAUAAGUUUCAUAAAAACAAAAAAAAUAUAUUUGAAAACAUAGUACAAUCUUCAAACAAGAAAAGAAAUAUAAACGAACUGUUAUGUUUUGAUUAUAUAAAUAAUUUAAAUUUUUUUCUACAUACUAAGAAUAAAAAAAAAUAUAUAGUUUCAGUUAAUCUUAACUUUUUACUAAAUUUUUUUCCUAUUCAUAUACCAAUUUACAAAAUAAAUAGUAACAAAAAAUUUCUUUUAAUAUUUGUAAACGUAAAAAGUGGAGGUCAAAUAGGAAAAAAUUUAUACCAAGAAUUAUUAAUGUAUUUUAAUCCUAUACAAAUAAUAAAUAUAAUAAAUAAAAAAAAUGUUUUAAAUGUGCUAAAUAUAUUUAAAGAGAUGUUUUAUUUAAAAAAAAUUAUUCUACUUAUAUGUGGAGGUGAUGGAACUAUAAGCAUUUUUAUUGAUACCUUAAUAAAUUUUUUUUUAGAGGAAGAAAUGUCUUUAUUUAAAGAAAAAAAUAAAGAAAUUAAAAUUAAAUGUGAAAAUUUUACUAAUGUAACAGAAAAAAUUAAAGGUAAUAAAGACAUGCUAAGAAACAAGCAAAACAGUAACGAAAGUAUUCAAUUAAAUGAAUCUUUCAAAAAUUCCAUAAAAGAAAAUAGCGAAAUUGAUGCCAAUAAUAACACACAUAAAGAAAAUAUAAAUACAUAUGUUAAUAUUGAUCAAAAUAAAAGAAGGAUGGAAAACUGUAAUAUUCACGAAAAAUAUAUAAAUGGAAAAAUAAAUGAUAUUAUUAACACGCCUACUAUUGCUAAUAAUAAUAAUAAUAAUAAUAAAAGUGAUGUUCAUGAUAAUAAUGCUAAUUUUAAUUUAAAAAAGAAUGUUAUUAAAAAUAUUAAGUAUGGAUAUAAUCUUAAAAAAUUUAAUUUUUUUGAAAAUAAAAAUGUAGAAGCACCUUAUGAUGAUUCUGUUGAAAAAAAUUUUCAGAAUGAGCAUUCAUUGGAACAUGAGUCGAAGAAAAAUGAUAAUUUUAUGUACAAUCAUAAAGUAGAAAAGUUAGAAAAUUCCUAUAUAUCUUCUAUAUCUGUAGAAAAUGAAAAAAGAUAUAACAAUACAUAUAGUGAUUAUAGUAAUAGUUCAUCAAAUAAUUCAAAUAUGAAAAAAACUCUAAAUAAUAAUACAUCUGUAUUAUGUAAAAAGAAAAAAAAAAAGAAUAAGAAAGCUAACAUAGAAAGUGAUACGAGACAAAAAAAUUUUUUAAAUAAAAAUAUAAAUAAAACUAAAAAUGAUUUGAAUAAAGAAUAUAACAGUUUAAAUAAAUUUAGUAACGGAAAAUAUAAUAGUGUUAAAGGUGAUAAGAUAAUUAAAAAUAAUGAUAAUAAGAAAGAUAUUAAUAAUAGUAGUAAUAACGAUAAAAGUAAUGAUAUUAAAUGUGAAAAAAAUAAAGUUUAUAUCAGUGAUAAUAACAACAUGAGUGUUAUUCAAAAUGAUAAAGAAUUAAAAAAAGGAAGUAAAAAUUAUUUAUUAGAUUCUUACAUUUCUACAACACCAAUAUGCAUAAUGCCAUUAGGUACUGGCAAUGAUUUGAGCGUAAGUUUGGGAUGGGGGAUUGAAUAUAAUAGUGAUUUGUUUUUUUAUUUAAAUAAAAUAAAAUUUAGUAGGAAUGAAUUAGUUGAUGUAUGGAAUAUGAAAGGAUAUGAUUUAAAUAAUAAUUUAAUUUUAAAUAAUAGCUUCAUUAAUUAUUGUGAUAUUGGGAUUAUAGCUAGAUUAGCAUUACAUUUUGAUAACUUAAGAAGAAAUUUUCCUCACUUUUUUAAUAGCAGAAUAGGAAACAAAAUUUUAUAUGGUGAAGUAGGUUUCAGAGAUAUUUGUUUUAAUACAUAUAAGUAUAAACUAAAUAAAAAUAUAAAAAUAUACUGUGACGGUAAAAAGGUAAAUUUAGAUGAAAACUUAGAAGGUGUGUGUAUAAUAAAUAUACCAUAUUUUUUAGGAGGAAUAAAAAUAUGGAAAGAUGAUGAACUAGAAAAAAAUUAUUAUUCAGAUAUUGAAAGUGAAAAAAAAAAAAAAAAGCUAUUUAAAAAAGAUGAUAAAUCAUCGACAGAUUACUUUAAUAACAGUAAUGAUGGUCGUUCAAGCAGUAGUGAUUUAUUUCAAGGAUGCGAUGAAAUUUAUAAUAAAUUAAAUGCUAAUAAAAUUAAUAAAAAAAAAAAAAAAAAUACCCAGAAAACAUGUGAAUAUAAAUGUAAUAAUGAAAAUACAUGUUCUAAACUAAAGAAAGACGAAAUUAUUAAUAAAGAUGAAAAGAAAUUUAAAAAUAACAAAAAUGAUAACAUUUAUGAUCACGGAAACAUAUAUAAAUCAUAUAGAUUAGAUUUUUAUAAACAAAAGAAAGUGCAACAAAAAUAUCGUAAACAAAAAAUUAAUGAUAAAAUUAUUGAAGUUAUUGGAUUUAGAAAUAUUUUCCAUUUAGUUCAAGUACAAAUAGGGAUAUCUAAACCAAUCAAAUUAUGCCAGGGAAGUGAUAUAGUAGUUAAAAUAAAUAGAAAGUUUAUUCAAAAUAAAAAUAAAAUAUACUUCCAAUAUGAUGGAGAACCCGGAAUUCUAAAUAUGCAUAAAUUACAUUUUACUCACAAAUGCCAAUGCUUGUUUUUGUCACCAAAGGAUAUAAUAUGA